AUGCUCCUAUUGACUCUUCUGUCGCUGCUGCUGGGCGCAGCAGCAGUGUCAGCGCCACGACGACCCAAGAUCAGCAACACUGUGGAUCAAUUGGCGCACAUGCAGGAGCGACUGCGCCCCAGAGUGACAACAUCCAUUGCCAUUCCUUCGCACGCGUUGGAUAAUCCCCGGUUGCUGCAGGCACAAGCGCCUUAUAAUGCCUCCUCGUGUUCCAUCUGCCGUGGUUCCAGAGUCAUGGCCGAUAAGAUUCCACUUUUUCCUCCCGACGAGGAACUGCCUUCUCUUUUGUCCAAUAAUUUGACGUGUGGAGAACUGGAAAGCCUGGCGCAGAACUUUGUGGCGCUGGACGACUGCGCAUCUAGUGGCAUUCGCCUUCUCUACGCGCAGUGCUGCGAGGGAUCUGUGUCACGGUAUCAGUGCGAAUCCAACAUUCGACAUACGAUAUUUCAAAACUACGAUCCGGCCGUUCCACCCAUCCCGGCCAACCACGUUCCCUUGAAUGUGACGGUCACCUUGGAAACGCAUGCGGUGGAGAAAAUCGACGUGCAGGCCGGCACGGCCAAAAUAUUAAUGAGUCUCUAUUUGGAAUGGACCGAUGAACGAUUACAGUGGGAACAAGACGAGGAUACUUGUGCCGAGUAUGUCUCCUUGUGGGCCGGUGUCGAUCGAGAAAAAUCCGAAGUGUGGGUGCCCGAUCUUGAUUUGUAUAACCAAGUCGAUGGGUUGCAGUCGCUACCCGAAACCAUGGCACUGGUUACCAGUGAUGGACACGUGCAAUGGAAUCGCAAUGGAGGCAUCGCUGCUUUCUGUCAGUUUGCAGGCUUGAGCCAGAUACCCUUUGAUACUCUGGGCUGUCAGUUCAUUUUUGGACCCUGGGUGCGACAAGACAAAAAUCUGAUACGGUACUAUCUCAAGAAUGGAACCGGCAUGGAACAGGGCAAGUUCGAGGCAACUUUCAACGAGUACUUGCCCGUGCCAGAGCUCUCGGAGAGUGGGUAUGCCUUUCAAGGGGGGGCUGUGUGGUUCAAUCUGUAUUACAAACGGUCCCAAAAGUACUACGUCAACAAUCUACUCAUUCCAACAAUUAUUCUCACAUAUGUCAGUAUGGGAACCUUCCUGUUGGACCUGCGUGUUGGCGAACGUCUCAGCUAUGGUAUGGCUUUGGCAUUGGUGGUGGUAGCACAACAGAUUGCGACUGGUGGACUGGUGCCUGUUAGCAAUGAACGUCUCUGGAUUGACAAGUUUAUUGGUUGGAGCUUCUAUUGGGUCAUUGUUGGGUUGGUCGAAUCAGUAAUCAUUGGGUAUUUGUAUUUCAUGAGAGAAGACAAGGCAGCAAAGCUCUCACCUGAGGGAGGGAAGCGCAUAUACGAUGGAAUGAGAGCCUCGGUCUUUGUAAAGUCCACGACGUGUAAGGACAAUCGUGACGAGAACGAAGAAGAGGAACAUCGUGUUGGGCAAAGCAGUGAUUUGUCCUCCAUCAACGGCGCUGGGUCUCGUCCACUUCAGGAACAAUCAGCAUUAGAGGACAUUUCCAGCAGGCCUUUCGAGGAGCAAGACGCAGGAGGCGUCGAUUGUGACAAUUAUGCCAGCUACCUUGAGGAACGAAACUCUCGCCGAACAGCACGGUUUUCUACCGUCAAUGGAUCGAUUCCUCACCAGACGAAACGAACGAGCAGCAGCAACCAUCGCAAAACUGAGGGUUUCACAACCUUGAAGCAACACAUGCAACAUCGACAUGCAGAAGAGCCGAUGCCCGUCGGCCCUGCAACGGAGAAAGAACUAUUUGGACCCAUGAGAUGGGUGUACACGGUUUCACUUCGCCAAGUUGAUCGCUUCUUUUUCUUCUUCACACUCUCGACCUACACAGCUUUCGUUAUUGCAAUGUUUGUUUCGAGGCCCUAUUGGGGUAAAGGCUUGAAAGAUGUGUGGCUUGACGAGAGCGUCAAGACCUGGGAUCAGCCCGCCUAA